CAUCGUGAUCGUUUCGUGAAGCAGCAUAGCACGCGGCGUGGGAAAUGGAACUGCAGAAGUCCGACAACGAGUCCAAUGGCUUCGCAGACAACGAAUACGACCCAUUCCGGCAUCGUCGCGUGAAGAAACCUAACUCUACCAAUGGCACGAUCAUUCACAUGCUCAAAGGAUCUCUCGGCACCGGUAUCCUGGCUAUGCCGUCCGCCUUCCGUAAUGGAGGGCUCGUGUUUGGAAUUAUUGGCACUACGCUUGUGGGACUAAUCUAUGCUCACUGUGUGUAUUUACUGGUAUCGACGUCUCAAAAAUCAUGCAAACGCACCCGUGUGCCUGUACUUGGGUUCUCUGAAACUGCUCAAAGCGUCUUUCGCCAUGGACCAAUCGCAACGCAACGUUUCGGAAAUGCUGCCAAAGCCUACAUCGAUUACUCUUUGCUGAUCGUGAGCUUCUUUUCCGUUUGCGUCUACUUGCUGUUUAUUGCAACAACACUGCGGGAUGUUGUAAACAGUGAGCUUGGCAUCAACUGGGACACACGCAUCUACAUCCUGCUGACGGCGCUUCCGCUGAUCUUCGUCACGCAGGUACGCGAUCUUCGGUAUUUGGUACCAUUUUCUGCUCUUGCCAACAUGCUGAUCUUGGUUACGUUCGGCAUCACGCUUUACUACAUCUUUCGCGAACCGAUAGACCUUUCCCAGCGGGAGCUGUUUCCGGAAAUUACCGCACUACCAUCGUUCUUCGGCACGGUCGUGUAUGCAGUGGAAGGGAUUGGAGUGGUAUUACCAGUUGAAAAUAAGAUGAAACAUCCGCAGCACUUUCUGGCCUGUCCGGGCGUUCUUAGCAUUGUGCUUAGCUUCAUCACCGUCCUGUACAACGUGACUGGAUUUUUCGGUUAUGUACGUUAUGGGCCUCAGACGCGAGCUUCGGUCACAUUGAAUCUCCCCAGUGAAGAGAAGCUUGCAUUAUCAACACAACUGCUCGCAGCACUCGCCAUCCUGUUCACCCUCGGCAUCUACUACUAUGUGCCGAUGGACAUCCUUUGGCGCAAGGUGAAACAUCGCUUUCCAGUAGAACGACACAACAUCGCACAAAUCGGAAUACGGUUUAGCAUUCUCAUUGCCAUGACUGGUCUAGCGCUAGGCGUACCGGAAUUGGAGCCAUUUAUCGGGCUGGUCGGAUCGAUUUGCUCCGCAACGCUCGGACUGCUGACACCAAUCGUACUGGAUACGGUAUUCCGUUGGUCAACUCCUGGUGCGUUUGGAGUGUUCCGGUGGCGACUGGUGAAGAACGCCAUACUUUUGGCGUUCGGAUUGUUCAUUCUCGUCGUUGGAACGUAUUUUAGCAUCAAGGAUAUAGUUGAUAUCUAUGGAUAG